ACCAGAGCCUAUUGCACAGGAGGCGCUUAAUAAAUGUUUGCCGAAUAAAUUCUUACUGCAAUGCAUUUCAUGAAAUAAUCCAGAUAACUCUUAGACAGCUAUUAAGAAACGUGGCCUACUAUUUUUCUGCGUGUGUGUGUGUGGUCAUCCUGUGCCUCGGUUUCACCAGCCCUAAAAUAGGGUCAAGAAUAGCUAAAUUCCUAUUCCUUGUGGGAACUUGGUGUCAUUAAGUUUGGUCACUAAGGCCAAACGCAGAGGGCACCGCCGAGGAUUGCGUUUGGCUGCCAGUGGAGCCCCUGCGGGGCCGCUCCGUCCCCUCCCUACAGGCCCCGCCCCAGUGGGUGGAGCUACGGGCCCGGCCAGCACGUGUAAGAGUUCGCGGCGGGUCGCCGCAGUCACUCACCUGAGCGCCUCAGACUGAGUGUGCACCGUACACGCGUCCUCCGCUCGCGCGUCCUCCGCACGCCCACCAGCCUGCCCGCUCGCCCACCAGCCUGCCCGCUCGCCCGGCCCGCGACUAAUGUCCCGUCGCAAGGUCGGCAGCACGCCCCGCCGAGUAGACCCCGAGCCCGCCGCCAACCCAGACGACGAGAUGGAGAUGCCAGACCUCGUCAUCGAAGUGAAGCCGGAGCCAGACGCGCGGCCCCUGCAGGCCCCAUGGCCGGGGCCCUUUUCUCCCAAGGGGAUGUCCGCGCCUGGGCUGUUCGGGGGCGAGCCCCGCAGCUCCCCUGGCCCCAUGUCCACUGGGGCCGCCCUCCUCGCUCUCGGCGCGCGGAACCCAUGGGCCUUGUGGACACCGCUGUCUCCUAACCCUCCCGACCGCCAGCCUUGGACCGACAAACACCCAGAUCUGUUGACCUGCGGCCGCUGCCUGCAGACUUUCCCGUUGGAGGCCAUCAUUGCCUUCAUGGACCACAAGAAGCUGGGCUGUCAGCUCUUCAGAGGCCCCAGCCCCUGCCAGGGCUCAGAACGUGAGAACCUGAAGGCUUUGAGCUGCCUCCGCUGCGGCAGACAGUUCACAAGAGCCUGGAAACUGUUGCACCAUGCCCAGUGGGACCAUGGACUCUCCAUCUACCAGACGGAAUCGGAGGCCCCAGAGGCCCCACUGCUGGGCCUGGCCGAAGUGGCCGCAGCUGUGUCAGCAGUGGUGGGGCCAGCAGCUGAGGCCAAGAGCCCCCAGGUGAACAGCCUCAGCCGGCGGAGCCCCACCUGCUCUGUCUGCAAGAAGACCCUCAGCUCCUUCAGCAACCUCAAGGUGCACAUGCGCUCACACACAGGUGAGCGGCCCUAUGCCUGUGACCAGUGCCCCUAUGCCUGUGCCCAAAGCAGCAAACUCAAUCGCCACAAGAAGACCCACCGGCAGCUUCUGCCUCAGAGCCCCUUAAUCGCUGACACCACCCAGGAACAGGCCUCUGCAGCCCCUCCGGAGCCAGCUGCCCAUGCCGCUGCCCCAGCCAGCAUCCUCCCCUGCAGCGGUGGUGAGGGGGCAGGAGCUGCUGCUACUGCAGGCAUCCAGGAACCUGGGGCUCCUGGCAGUGGGGCUCAAGCAGGUCCUGAUGGGGACAGUUGGGGAGCUAUCACCAAGGAAGAGAGAAUUGAUCCUGCAAACAGUCAGAAGACAUCACCCAAGAAGACAACUAAGUCAGUGGGCAAGAGUCGUGGGCCUGGGGGCAGCUGCGAGUUCUGCGGGAAGCGGUUCACCAACAGUAGCAAUCUGACAGUGCACCGGCGCUCACACACUGGUGAGAGGCCUUACACCUGUGAGCUCUGCCCCUAUGCCUGCGCCCAGAGCAGCAAGCUCAACCGCCAUCGCCGCAUGCAUGGCCUGGGGCCAGGCAGCACCCGCUUUGAGUGCCCCCACUGCUGUGUGCCCUUUGGCCUUCGUGCCACCUUGGACAAACACCUGCGGCAGAAGCACCCUGAGGCUGUGGAGGAGGCCUGAGCAUGGGCAUACCCUCUCUGUAGUCCUUGGUACAUGACUAUUUUGACCACCCUUCUGCAAGUAAAUUGUCCU